UACCCUAAAAGAUAAAAGAAAAUCCCUAUUGCCGAACGACUACAUCGGACGACUCGGGCGGCGCUCCAGCACCGUCUUUCUCGGAUGCGCCGGCGCUGGCACCGACGGGCGCACAACGCCGCUUCGGCACCCCCUCCCUAUUCCUUGGCCGCUGCUGCCUUCCGAUGCAGCGAGGUAGAGUAGCUUGGCGGUGGCUAAACGGUCGUCUCUGGCGGUUUACGGUGGAGGCUGGGGGUUGUAAGGGAAACCGGAGUUGGAGAUAGCCGUGGUCGGCGUUUUCGAGGCUGGCCGGCUGACUUGGUGCCCCCUGUUCUAGAGAUGCCAUUUAUGGAGAGUCAUGGGCUCCAGGGCAGGGGCGGGUGUUUUUCCUCCUCCUUGCCCGGGAUGGGCUUUCCCCGCACCUGGCGUGGUGCGUGUCCACUAGGCAGCCAUGGCGGUGAUGUUGCCUGAUUCUCACCUCCCUGUGAAUGUGAAGAGAGGAGAAACGUGCCGUUUAAGAUGGCAACGAGCGCAGUGCUUGGCCCCCACCAGGAUCUCGAUCUUCGCUGCCACGUCCUUGCCUCCGCUGCUACCAGUAGCGGCGUUAUCCGCCAGCCGGCGCGUCUCUGCCCCCGCUGACGCAAGGAGCGGCGGGGAUCUGCGGCAAGCACCACGGUGGAGCGCUACGUUCCUGCAGGCAGGACGCGGACGAGCAACAGCUGCAGCCGACCUUGGCGAGGACAAAGGGAAGAUCUCUCCCAUCCCAGAUGCGUCAGCAACCAAUGUCCUCUCUCUGUGACAUUCCCAA